UAAACCCUAACUAGUGCACUUACUAUUCACUAGCAAGCCGUUUGUAAUUCGGCGCGUGUGUCUUAAGGAGUCCCCACGAGUUCCUCUUUCCCUGCAGCAGGUCUACAUACAGCGUGUUUUCUUCUCUCAGUCUCAGAAACGCUUCGCAGGUUUAUAUCCCGAGUCGUGUGUUUCUCCAACAUGGGUAAAAGAAACAGGAACAGACAGCAUUACAAAGAUGGACGACCGGAAGGAAAGAGGAGCAGAGAUGAUGCUGGCUGGGGUGCGGGCUACGCUGAAAUUAUCAAGGAGAACAAGCUGUUUGAACAGUACUACCGUGAGCUGAAGAUCGUUCCCGAGGGAGAGUUUGAGGAGUUUAUGGAGGCUAUGAGAGAGCCACUGCCUGCCACCAUCCGCAUCACUGGCUACAAAAGUCACGCCAAAGAGAUCCUACAUACCCUGAAAGAGAAAUACUUCAAAGAAAUACAGGACCUGGAGAUCGAUGGACAAAAGUUUGAAGCACCUCAGGCUCUAAGCUGGUACCCUGAUGAACUGGCUUGGCACACCAACAUGAGCAGGAAGAUCUUGCGCAAGUCUCCACUUCUGGAGAAGUUCCAUCAGUUUUUAGUGAACGAGACCGAAUCCGGAAAUAUCAGCCGACAGGAGGCGGUCAGUAUGAUUCCUCCUCUACUGCUGAAAAUCGAACCUCAUCACAAGAUUUUGGAUAUGUGUGCUGCCCCAGGAUCAAAGACUGCUCAGCUUAUAGAGAUGCUCCAUUCUGAUAUGGAUGUGCCCUUUCCUGAGGGCUUUGUAAUCGCUAACGAUGUGGAUAAUAAGCGCUGUUACCUGCUGGUGCACCAGGCUAAGAGGCUGAACAGUCCGUGUAUCAUGGUGGUGAACCACGAUGCCUCCUGCAUCCCUCGCCUGCAAGUGGAGAGCAACGGAAAGAAGGACAUCCUGUUCUAUGACAGAGUGCUGUGCGAUGUCCCCUGCAGUGGAGAUGGAACGAUGCGAAAGAACAUAGAUGUGUGGAAAAAGUGGACGACCAGCAACAGCCUCCAGCUCCAUGGCCUGCAGUUGAGGAUUGCUGUGCGUGGCGUGGAGCAGCUGGCUGUUGGUGGGCGGAUGGUUUACUCCACCUGCUCUCUGAACCCCAUCGAGGAUGAAGCGGUGAUCGCCUCCCUGCUGGAGAAGAGUGAAGGUGCCCUCGAGCUGGCUGAUGCCUCUACUGACCUGCCUGGUCUAAAGUACAUGCCUGGGAUCACAUCCUGGAAGGUGAUGACCAGAGAGGGUCACUGGUACUCUGAUUGGUCCGAAGUUCCCUCCAGUCGUCACACUCAGAUCAGACCCACCAUGUUCCCCCCAACUGACCCUGAGAAGCUGAAGAGCAUGCAUCUGGAGAGAUGUAUGAGGAUACUGCCGCAUCACCAGAACACCGGUGGCUUCUUCGUGGCUGUGCUGGUGAAGAAGGCGCCCAUGCCGUGGAAUCGGCGCUAUCCAAAACUUCGGAAUAAAGAGGCCACCAGCACUACCAGUGAGGAAGUGCAGGCUGAGGAGGGAGAGGCAGAGACAGCGGCCGAGGGAGACGCCGUUCUGGAAGACACUCCAGAGACAGAGGCCAAGAAAGAUGGAGUGUGUGGCCCCCCGCCUUCAAAGAAGAUGAAGCUCUUCGGAUUCAAAGAAGAUCCCUUUGUGUUUCUGACAGAGGAUGACCCAGUCUUCCCUCCCAUCCAAACAUUCUACGACCUCUCUCCAGACUUCCCCAAGCUGAACGUCUUGACCAGGACACACGAGGGGAAGAAAAGGCACUUGUACAUGGUGUCCAAGGAGCUCCGCAAUGUCCUGCUCAACAACAGUGAGAGAAUGAAAGUGAUCAACACGGGAGUGAAAGUGUGGUCGAGGAAUAAUGAUGGAGAACAGUUCGGCUGUGCCUUCAGACUGGCCCAGGAGGGUAUCUACACUCUGUGUCCCUACAUCAGAGCGCGUGUCAUCACCAUUAGCAUGGAGGACGUGAAGGUUCUUUUAACCGAGGAGAAUCCUUUCCUCAGCAGGCUGGGUGAUGACGCUCACGCCCAGGCCAAGAAACUCGAAAUGGGCAGCAUCGUUCUAAGAUACCAACCUGAUCCAAAUGAUCCCAGUGCUCCUCAGUGCCAAAUAGAUCUGUGUGGUUGGCGAGGAAAGACGUCCAUCAGGGCUUUCGUGGCCCGGAACGAGCGUUUCCACUACCUGCGCAUGGUGGGUGUGGAGGUCUUCCAUAACAAGCAGGGCAAGAAGGAAGGAGGUGCAGCAGAAGCUCGGGAAGGAGGUGCAGCAGAAGCUCGGGAAGGAGGUGCAGCAGAAGCUCGGGAAGGAGGUGCAGCAGAAGCUCGGGAAGGAGGUGCAGCAGAAGCUCAGGAAGGAGGUGCAAUAGAGGAGGUGGUGACAGGACAAGAAGAAGGACAAGAAGAAGGAGGCAUGCAGAAAGAGAACUCGGACAUGGAACAGAACGGGUCCUCAGAAUCCAAAAGUAAUGGAGCGGAGGAAGCAAGCAGCACUUGAGACUGGGAAUUCUCAAGUCAGACUGAACCAAACUGGAGCAACUGGUGGGGGUGGAGGUACUCUUGCCAUCACAUCACCCCCACUUUUUUUUUUUAUUUUUAUUUUUUAAAGAAACAUGCAUCAGGCUGUAAUUUAACUAAGCAGCAAGUCUCUGUGGAUUUGACGUACUAAAAUUUUAUUCUAUUUUUUCUAAGUGUUUAAUGGGUCUGUUUUAUUUUAAGAUCUUUUGUGCAUCUAAUUGGACUGUUGAUGUUCCUCUACCAAUGGCUAAAUCUCAAACAACAAGCUGAUACAGUCACCCAAGGCCUGUGACCCAGUGUUUUAUUUUGUUUUCGAAGUAAAAAUGCAUUUAUUUCCUUUUGAAAGUCAAAAUGCAUUUCAUUUAACCUAUGUAAGGGUUAUAUAGAAUGUAAAUACAACUUUUAUUAAAAGCUUUAAAUGUAA